AGAUGGUGACAACAGUGGGUUAGAGUUAUAUUAAAUAUUCAUAUAAUUUGUUUUUUUGAAACAUGAAAGACACCAAGUACACAGCUUUUACUGUUGCAAUAUUGCUAUUUUAUGUAAUGAAAAACACCAUGUAUGCACACCAUCUCUAACAAGGCUUUCAUUAGGGUAUUAACUGCUAUAUAAAUCAACCAAGAAAAAGUGGAACUUAGAACAAAGGCUCAUGAUUCUCUCUAGUUUAAAAGUCAAUGACUAUUCUACAGUAUCACAGUCACUCAUGAUUUCAGUCCACUAUUCUACAGUAUCACAGUCACUCAUGAUUCCAGUCCACUAUUCUCCAGUAUCACAGUCACUCAUGAUUCCAGUUCACUAUUCUCCAGCAUCAAAGUCACUCAUGAUUCCAGUUCACUAUUCUACAGUAUCACAGUCACUCAUGAUUCCAGUUCACUAUUCUACAGUAUCACAGUCACUCAUGAUUUCAGUCCACUAUUCUCCAGUAUCACAGUCACUCAUGAUUCCAGUCCACUAUUCUCCAGUAUCACAGUCACUCAUGAUUUCAGUCCACUAUUCUCCAGUAUCACAGUCACUCAUGAUUCCAGUCCACUAUUCUCCAGCAUCAAAGUCACUCAUGAUUCCAGUUCACUAUUCUACAGUAUCACAGUCACUCAUGAUUUCAGUCCACUAUUCUCCAGUAUCACAGUCACUCGUGAUUCCAGUUCACUAUUCUCCAGCAUCAAAGUCACUCAUGAUUCCAGUUCACUAUUCUACAGUAUCACAGUCACUCAUGAUUUCAGUCCACUAUUCUCCAGUAUCACAGUCACUCGUGAUUCCAGUUCACUAUUCUCCAGCAUCAAAGUCACUCAUGAUUCCAGUUCACUAUUCUCCAGUAUCACAGUCACUCAUGAUUCUAGUCCACUAUUCUCUAGUAUCACAGUCACUCAUGAUUCCAGUCCUCUGUUCUCCAAUACCACAGUCACCCAUGUUCUAGUCAAUUAUUCUCCAGGAUCACAGUCACUAAUGAUUCCAGUCCACUGUUCUCCAAUACCACAGUCACCCAUGUUCUAGUCAAUUAUUCUCCAGGAUCACAGUCACUCAUGAUUCUAGUUCAUUGUUCUCCAGUAUUACAGUCACUCAUGAUUCCAGUCUACUUUUUCCAUUAUUACAGUCACUCAUGAUUCUAGUCAAUAUUCUCAGUAUCACAGUCACUCAUGAUUCCAAGUCACUUUUUCCAUUAUUACAGUCACUCAUGAUUCUAGCCCAUUAUUCUCCAGUAUUGGUCACUCAUGAUUCUAGUCAAUUAUUCUACAGUAUCACAGUCACUUAUGAUUCCAGUCUACUUUUUCCAUUAUUACACUCAUGAUUCUAGUCCAUUAUUCUCUGGUAUUGGUCACUCAUGACUCUAGUCAAUUAUUUUACACUAUCACAGUCACUCAUGAUUCCAGUGUACUUUUUCCAUUAUUACACUCAUGAUUCUAGUCCAUUAUUCUCCGGUAUUGGUCACUCAUGACUCUAGUCAAUUAUUUUACACUAUCACAGUCACUCAUGAUUCCAGUCUACUUUUUCCAUUAUUACACUCAUGAUUCUAGCCCAUUAUUCCCCAGUAUUGGUAACUCAUGACUCUAGUCAAUUAUUUUACACUAUCACAGUCACUCAUGAUUCCAGUCUACUUUUUCAUUAUUACACUCAUGAUUCUAGUCCAUUAUUUUCUAGUAUUGGUCACUCAUGAUUCUAGUCAAUUAUUCUACAGUAUCACAGUCACUCAUGAUUCCAGUCCACUGUUUUCUAGUAUAACAGUCACUUGUGAUUUCAGAUGAUUAACCACUGACAUAACAGGUACUCGUUUUUUUUAACAGCUACUUAUGGCUUUAGAAGGCUGACUUGUGACAUGACAGUGUGGUAAUUUGAGUUGGUUUCUGGUGUAGGUCUUUGGUU